UGUGAUCAUCUAUAUAUACACUGACUGCAAAUAAUUUGCACAUUGACCAGAAAGAAAACGAUGGAGGAACAUCAUUAUCCCGUCAUUGUCGAGGGAGACUGGGGGCCGGCAAAAAAUAUGAAAAAUAAACUUCAGAUUCAUUUUCAGAGUAAGAAAAAAUCUCAGGGAGGAGAUUGCAUCAUACAAUAUAAUGACGGGAGUAACUAUGCUACGAUUCUGUUCAAAUCAUCUCACAUCCGAGAUGAAGUACUCUCAAAGGCAGAACACAUUAUUAACAUUGACAAUCAACAAAUCAAGCUGAAAGUGUACAAACCCAGUGAUGCAGAGGAACAGGCAGACAGCACUGGACCAAAAACAGAGCAGGCAUGUGGAUAUCAGGAACCAAAUCGAAGUGAAUCAAGUGCUGUGGUCCUGGAGAACCUUCCAGAUGAUGUUAAACAAGUUGUUUUGACUCUUCUGGUGGAGAACAUCAGCGGUCUUUCUGUAAAUGACUUUAGCAUGGAAUUAAUACCAGAAUUAAGAAAAGCUGUUGUGACUUUUAUAAAUCCCAAUGCUGCAGAAAAGUUUCUUCAGGACAGCAAGACACAUGAAAAGUUUAAGCAGUAUAAUCUGAGGGCCCGUGCACUGGAGAGAAGCACAUGUGUGCGAGUGGAGGAUCUUCCAGCUGAGGCCAAAAAUGAUAAGAUGCUGCUGGAACUGUAUUUUGAGAAACAGGGCGGUCCAGUAGAAGAAAUUAUAACAAUUCCAGCAGAGCAAGCAGCCAUUAUUACUUUUAAAGGGGAAGAAGCCAAAAAGAGAGUUUUGGAGCAAGAGACUAAAAUCUGUGAUGUUCCAGUCAAGAUAUAUCCCUACUUUAAAUCACUGGAUACAGUCUUGUAUGGUGGCAACAGACCACAAAUGAAGCUGCCUGAACCCGUUACAGUCAGUGUACAUUCUGCCAUCAGAGAGUUAAUCCUCAGGAAAGGACAGAUUUCCUCCAUUAAAGACCAGAUUAGCUCACACUUCUGCCAAAUAAACAUGGACAAACCUGAAGUUUUGCUCAGUCCUGAUCCAGCAUUACUGAAACGGAAAGGAAUUACCAGAAGACACAUUGAAGGCUGGAGCGAGAAUGCAAUUGAUGCCUUCAAGAAAAUGAUCUCAAACUACACAAUAUCUGAGUGGUCCAUGUCACAUGCCUUGUGGUCAAAAGUAGAGAGUGAUAUUAAGAAAGUAGUGAAAGAUCAGGUUUUAAUAGACUUGGAUACUUCUAAAGGUGUGCUGACACUGGCAGGAAUGGCCCAUGAGAUAACUGGACUGAAACCCAUCAUAGAGAAGUUUUUGGAGAGAGGAACAAAUCAACUGGAGAGAGAGAAGAACAGUGUGACAGAGGACAUGGAGAUUUCUCCUGCCAUGUACUCUCUGCUUGAACAAGAUGGCCUGAAAACUGUUUAUCCACAUCUGCAAAUUGACUACAACAAAAAGAUGAACAGAUUAGUUUUAUCAGGUCUUCAUACAGAUACUCUUGCCUUCAAAUAUUGGGUCCUUGAGAAGAAAAUAAAUAUGAAACAGAAGUUCUUACAGAUUGAUCGUUCAAUCCUGGAGUUCUUGAAAUCAGUGGACUGUGAUGAAAUGUCCAGAGAUCUCUUCAUAUCUCAUGGAAUAACGGCUGUCUACACAAUUGCAAAUAGAGAUGUCGUUGUGAUUGGGAGCACAGAAAGAGCACUUAAAGAGGCAGAGAAGAGGAUAAAUACAGUUCUUACAACCAAAGUCCUUGUUGUAGAAGAUCAGUGUGUCCUUCAAAUGCCGGAGUGGCAGGAUCUUAAAAAACAAUUGCAAGAAUUGUUCAAUACUUCCAAAAAGACAUCUGUCAUUAUAUAUUUAUCUAAACAGAGAGACAAAGUUAUGGUGACUGGAUUCAGAGAACCAGUGAUGGAGGUCAGUGAAAAUUUAAGAUGUUUCAUUGAGAAACACACUAGAAUUGAAGAAACUGUUAGUGUCAAAUCACAUGCAGCAGCUGCAUUCAUACAAGUCCACAAAUCACAAGAAUGGCAGCACCUUAUUAAAUCUGAUGAGGUGAAAGUCCUUUUUGAUUCAAAGAGACCCUGGAUCAAACUGUCUGGUGAGUGUACAUUUGUUCAGCCAGCUAUGACUCUGUUUAAAAGGUUGGCAAAUGGUCUCUACACAGACACACUGAUCUUACAAAAGUCAGGAGCGAAAAAGUACUUCAAAGAUCAGGGUAAAAUGAUGAUCUCAAUGCUGCUAAAGGAAAAACGAUUUGUGGUGGUUCUUCAGGAAGAUGACAUGCUGGAAGAGGAUGGGCCUCGUGGUCGAGUCUUCACUUCUUCUCUUGGUGUGCGUGCUAUGCAAGUACAAGGAUGGAAUCAAAGCAUGAUCAGAAGAUUUGAAAUUGAGCCAGCUGUGUUUCAGCUGUGUGGGGAGACACCAGAGGACCUGAGUGAAGCCAAGGACAUGAUCAACAGCAUGAUAUUACAGGUGCAUGUGACCAUCCCAAUCCAUGAUCCAGCCAUUGCUCAUUUCACCAGGGAGGAUGGAGAAACACUGAACGCCAUGCAGAGGGAGCUCACAGUCAGUGUCCGGCUUGAGAAGAAAGGCCAAGACUCUGUCAUCACACUGGAGGGUCUGACAAGAGACGUUCACACUGCAGACAGUCGUAUUCAAGACAUGAUCAGAAAGGUGGAAAGAAAGGAAAAACUAAGAUGUGAGGAAUUUUCCAACAGGAGUGUGGUUAAGUGCCAGUAUCAGGAGAAUAGACAAAGUGCUACAAACUUUGACAUGUUGAAUAAUUAUCAGCUGGAACGGGCCUUUCAGAAGAGACGGUCUACAAUGAGAAUGAAGAUUAACAAUAAUGAAUAUAAGCCUGAUUUAGUUCUCAAAGAGGCCACAAGACGAGAUCAUGGCCCUUUGCCCUUACACUGGGAGGACAUGAAAGGACAGCCAGUUGUUCUUGUAAAUCUCACAGCAGGCUCAAAGGAAUAUGCAGAUGUGGAGAAAGAGUUCAGUAGAACCAAUCUAACCUAUAACAUCAUUGAAAUUAAAAGAGUCCAGAACAGUGCACUUUGGAAAAGCUACAUGAUUAAAAAGGAGGAACUGGAAGACAAAAACAAGCAUAAAAACAACGAAAAGCUUCUCUUUCAUGGAACUGGCCCUGAUAAGACCGAUCAGAUCAACCAUCACGGCUUCAAUCGCAGCUUCGCUGGCAUGCAUGGAGCCAUGUAUGGGAAUGGUACAUAUUUUGCUGUGGACCCAUGUUACUCAGCCCAAGGUUACUCUAAACCUGAUUUCAACGGACACAAACGCAUGUACCUCGCCAGGGUUCUUGUUGGUGACUUUACUCAAGGAAAACAAGGCCUUCCUGUCCCUCCUGCGAAGAGCUCCAGUAGUGCUGAUCUCUAUAACAGUGUGACUGAUAACAUGACCAAACCAACCAUGUUUGUGAUCUUCAAUGAUGUACAGGCUUACCCAGAAUACCUAAUCACUUUCCAGCAGGGCAGGGCUGGGGCUUAUAUUGAUCACAGGAAAAAAUUCAAUUUAGCCCAUAAUUUCUCACUGUGAAUUUAAAUUUUUGGGUCAAUUAUUCUUUAAAAAUUAGCUAUAAAAUUUGUAAGAGGUUUUCACCUAAUUUAUGUAAGAUACUAAGACCGAUGUGUAACCAGGCUCUUACAGAAUUAAAAUUUUCAAUAAAAUUAAAAUUAAAAUUUUAUAUAUAUAUAUAUAUAUAUUUUAACUUAACACAUAAAGAAAACAACCUCUAUAAAAGUGACAUAUAUAUUUCCAAAUAUUUAAUAUAGGUGCAAUAAUAGAAACAAGCAUCUCCUUAGUUUUGCAUAAAACAGUCCACCACUCGACCAGCCCACCAGGAAAGUCCUGAUUGCCAGAACAUGCCUGGCUUAAUUCAUGAUAACUCUGUUUCUAUCAACUGUUUUUGAUUCAUUGUACAUUGACUUAGUGAACCUGAACGCACUGGUAUAUAACAUACACGUAUGUAAUAUUUACUGGCUGAAAAAUGUACUGGCUGAACUUAAAAUUAUUAAAGAUAAUUUAGUAUUUUCUUAGUGGAAGAGUGCUGAAUCAUCUCACAGCAAGAACUGGCAAAUCUGGUGCAGUCCAUAAGGAUGAGGAUUAUGGGGUUCAUUGUUACAUUUUUGUUUGUAAAAUGUCUGUGGAACUUGUUCAGUGUGUCUCAGAUAUUUGCAAUUGUAAAGAAAUAAGCUUACAGUAAAGUAAGUUAAAAGUGAGAGAACAUUUCUUUAUUUUCUUUGGAAGUUAGAAAGAAAGAAAGAAAGAAUGAAUGAAUGAAUGAGCCUAAUAAUACAAAGAGCAAAAGUAUAUUUCCCAUGGCUGGCUGAAGGAAAGUAGGCUAUGUUAUAUAUAGUAUAUUCAGAUGGUUGUAAUCUAAGUAGCUGGUGAAAUUUUGCUUUGAAAAAAAUAAUAAUAAUAAGAUUAAUUGUUAAGCGAUUAAAACACCACAAUAAUGACAUGGAAACCUUUCAUAUGCUAGCAAGUUUAUUUUUUUAUGUAACCUAACAUAUCGUUUUGACACCAUGUAUAAGGAGACUGUCCAGUAUAAUGGGUUUUAGAACAAUUGUCUAGAUAAUUGGCUUUCUAGUCAACGUGCUACAUAUAUGGUAAUUAAAUGGCUUUCCUGAGGUAAAUGUUAUGUGACAUAAUUGUUCUCCAGCAGUUUUAUUGACCUCUUUGGGCAUUGAAAAAAACUGAUUGAUCGAUAUGAGGAGGGAUAUUAAUUUAUGUAUCUUUCAACAUUGUUCAUUCGUGUAUAUUUACUAUUAGCUAGAGAUGAUCCUGCCAUUAUAGGGAUCUGUCACGUCACAUUUACAAGCGGCAGAACUUAUUACUUGAAUUU